ACAUUCAACAUGGCGGCGACAUUGACGUACGACCAGCCAGUCAAUGCGGCGUCUACCUUUAAAUGCCUAUGGCUGUAGCCAUGCUGUCAGGCGCCACCUACGCUUACAGAUCAGCGUAUUGCGCGCGCACACAAGGAGGCGGAGAUGAUUUUGUUGUCAUCGUCGAAGACGAUUGAACGGCCAUGGCGUCAGAUUUUCACGCCUGAAAAGAAGUGAUUUUACGUCUCAGAGCCCGUGUUACCCCGACGUGAAGUUUAUCUGUGAGAAUAAGGACCCUUAUGAACGGACUUUGAGAUGUGGACUACCCAAACCCAGCUGUGCUCCUGGACCGAGUCUAUCAGGCGACCCCACACAUCCACGAGAACCAGAGCUGAUUUAGAUGGAUGAACCAGACUGAUGAGGACGCUUGACUUGUAGUUUCUCUGUUACAUUAGCAGCAAUGUCUGUCUCCACGGUUUUGGCGAAGGCGCUCUUUGACAACACGGCAGAGAGCCCGGAGGAGCUGGCUUUCCGGAAGGGAGACAUCCUGAUGGUUCUUGAACAGGAGCAGGGCGGCGGGCCGGGCUGGUGGCUCUGCUCCCUUCACGGCAGACAGGGCAUCGCCCCUGCCAACCGCCUCAAACUCCUCCAGACCGCCCCUCCGCCUUCUGAGGACUCCGUCUAUCUUACCCCCGGACUGGCUCGCACUGCUCUUGGCGGCAGUGCAGAGGACAUAGACGGAGUGUAUCGCUCCCCGCCUGGCGCGGGUGAGGGACGAGGUCCUGGAGCCGCUUCAAGACCUGCAGAGCUUCUUCGCAGAGUGGAGGGUGGGCGUCCACGCUCGCACUCCAGCUCUGGCACACGGCCCAGACCUGACUGGGAUAUUGGGGUGGCGGGGAGGCCACGCUCACCCUCUCUGAGAGGACGAGGAACAGACAUUACAGGAACACUUUACCAGUCUCCUGUUGGUCCCAUGCCACCGAGGCAACCAGGAUCUCUUGCAGCUUCAGAAUCAGUAUACCUUGCCCCCACUGGAGUACCUAGGGCAGCCGACGAGCCAGAAGACACUACAUAUCUAGUCCCGAGAGAAACAGAACAAUCCGAUGACUGUUACUUGGUGCCCAAAGGGACACCGCUUGCAGAUGAAGAGGUUUAUCAAUCCCCUACAGGAGGCAUCAUCUGCUCUAACGGUCCGUCGGUGGUCAACGGAUCCCCUGGUACUCUGCAGCCUAAAGUGAGCCAAGACUCACCCGGGAUGUACCAAACACCCACCGCUGUCGGAGCAAACCUUCACAGGACUCCAGCCACAGUUUUAGCCCACCAGCACCCAUCUUCACUAACCCCCACACAAGCAUCUCCCAGACCUCUGCAGAAAGGAGUCGCCCCCAACCCCGUUGCCAGGAGCAAACCCGGCCUGGCUUGUCACCGAGGAUCCCCUUUGCUGGUGAGAGCCGGGCAGGUUAGGGUUCCCGGAUCGCCGAAUUUCGCCCGCAAACCCCCUCCGCCUGCGCCCCCGGUGAGAGGUGUCACCAGGAAAGAUGCACAAGUUGCGUCAGCGGAUCCAAAGCCCGCUGCUCAGGUCUCGUCUGUGAGCGUGCAGCAGCAAGAUGCUGACAAACGGAAAGGAACGCCUCAGAGUAAAGAGGAAAAGACGAACAAUGGCGUGGAGAAAAGCAGCAGCGUGCCGAACAAAAGAGGAGAGAGUCAGGAUUAUUCAGAUGCUGGUGACGACCAGGUAUAUGAUACUCCUCCCAGUGGCAGGUGGCAGCGUCCGGUCCAGACUUCCCUUGGGGACGAUGAUGGCAUCUAUGACACCCCUCGAUAUGUCCCAUCACAAGCCGACUCUGAGAACGAGGUCUACGAUGUCCCCACCAUCUCCCUGAACAUGUCCACAUCUGAUGUCCAGCCUGAUGAAGUGGAUGAUGAAGUGUACAGUGUCCCUACGCUUCCCGGUCUGCCCCUGGGACCCGGGGAGUCCAUCAUCAGCAUCUCCGGAGAGGAGGUCUCCCAGGUUGUAAAGCUCUACAGUGUCCCUGGACCCGACAAACGAGCCAGCGGAGGAAGUCAUAAAAGAGACUCCUCUGACGCCGACUGUGGAAUCUAUGAUAUGCCUGCUUUGACUUCUGAAGUCCUCCCUCACUCUCUGUCGUCCUCCUCCACAUCCACCCGCAGACUUUCUGUUUCAAGUAACGGCUCCGGUGAUGUGCAGUGGCGGGCGUCCCUUUCCAGCCUUGUCCACGCCGUUCUGAGCGCAGCCUCCUCUCUGUCGUCUCGCGACCUGGCCACCUCGCUGGCUGAAAUCCUGUCCACCUGGAAAGCCAGCCAUUCGGACGAUCCUCCGCCGCCUCUCCAGCAGGCGUGGGCUCGCCUGUCGGACCUCCUGCCGGCGUUAUCCGCUGUCGGCAACGCUCUGCCAUCCGAAGGGCUGUUUUUGCUCGUCCAGCGCUCCCUCGAGGAGAGCGCCCUCCUCUUGCAGGCUCAGGGACGCCCUCGUCUGCCUUCCCAAGAUUCUCUCUCACGCAGGCCACUUCCUGCGCUCCCUGUGCCUGAUGGGAAGUCUUCAGGAGGUGGAAUGGGCUCCCGUAAAGGCAGCUGGAUCCAGGAGAGGCCCUUGCCUCCGACCCCUCAGCCUGCCUUCCCCUUGCCUCCCACUCCAUGCACUGUGACACUGACAGUGGGCCCAGUGGAUGGAGAAGAUGACCCCAGUAAUGAGUAUGCAGGGAUUGGCCUGACCCCCAUCCCUGCACCAGUUCCUACAGGAGACAGUGUUGGAUAUGUGAAGCUGCAGGGUAAACCCGAACCUCCUCACGAUGUCUUGACUGAGAACGGACAAACUAUCACUACAGAAUCAAGGUUGAGCCCAUCCCCCGCUCUCCCCAUGUCCCUCUCCCUGGAGGACUCGGAGCUGCUCUCCUUCUACUCUUCCCAGAGCCUCGCUCACCUCUCCUGCCUGGCCGACGCCAUUGAUGUACUCUUCAGCAGCGUGCAGGGGAACCAGCCUCCACGCAUAUUCGUCGCCAGAGGAAAGAGCCUCAUCGUGACAGCACACAAGCUGGUGUUUAUCGGGGACACACUGUCCCGUCUUCUGACCUCUGCAGACCUCAGAGCCAAGAUCACGACCUCUGGAGGACGACUCUGCCAGGCUUUGAAGUCAGUCGUUGUUGCAACAAAGGGCGCUGCUCAAAACUAUCCAUCGGUCUCUGCGACCCAGGAGAUGGUAGACCGAGUGGCCGAGCUCUCCCAGCAGGCGGCCGGCUUCUCCACACUGCUGCAGCGCCUGGCGGAAAUAUCCUCAUGAUAUUUCAUAUCACUCAACAUUAAAAAAAAAAAGAAAGGAACAAACUCUGUUUACACUACACAUACUUUCUCUUCUCUUUGAAAUGCCUUAUUUGUUGUACGACUCUUUCAUCACUUUUGGUUGGAGUGGGAUUGGAGCGAGUGUUGCUGUUGCGGGGAUUUGACUCUUCUGUUCUUAAAGUGUGUGUUGGUUUGCCUUUUGUUUAUAUACUGACCUCCGUGCUUUAACGCCAAGCACACUUCUCCUUUUGAGUGUUAACUUAUUGAACCUUUGAAGCUCCGCCGUGGCUUUCAGUGUCCGCAUGGGCUGUUUAUAUUGGGAGCUUUGCUUUAUUAUGUUUGCCAUAUUUUCCUCUCCUCACAUGAUAGCCAUUCUGUCCUUCCUUCCUUCCUUUAUUUAUUCAGCCAUCCCCCCCAUGUCCAAAAAUAGCACAGACGGAGGAGGCCUUGCAUCCUGGUUCUGGCCUACUUUUUUUUCUCGCUGCGAUACCUGAAAGGCCUUUUGUUGUUGUCAUUCUGAAACUGCUGAAGCAGCAUAUGAGGAGGUAUUUCGGGGCUCAAAAUGGAACGAGGUGGAAAAAGAAGUUUGCCUCGACUUCCACUCUUAAUCUGUGUAAGUAUGUGUCGUGUUGUACGCCAUUCCCACUGGAGAGCAACAUCAUCCCAAUCAGAAUCUCUCCCUACAUUUUCAGUCCUUCCCCGACCUGUGAAGAUGAAUACACACCCUGACCCCCAGAGGAUGCGAUUGUGAGAGAUUAAUGAUAGCUGGGUGACAAACUGCCUCAGUCCCCGUUCUUUCCCACAGUCACACGGUGUCUCUCCGAUGGAUAACAAACCAGUCGGCCGAGCUCACCUGUCUGCACACGUCUUGUUGUGAUGUGCAUGCUUACAUUUCUUUGCUUCUCAUCUUCUUCUUUUUUUCCCAUGAGAUUCUCACUGACGUCAAAAGUGCUUUUACACGUCUGCUUUGAUAUGUUCACGUUUGUGCUGUGAGGACGCCGCGUACAGUAAAACCCAAAGCUGGGUGAAAACAGAAAACACUAAACGUAAGAGAGCAGUAGAACUAACUGGAUUGAACAUCUCCUUGACUAUGUUACAUGGUUUUACACUUUUGCGUCAGGGUACAUGUAUAAAUAUUUGAUGUUCCCGUGUGCCCAGCCCUAGUUAAAACUGUGAAAUGAAGCAGAGCGCUCUUUUUUCCUUUUGAAAUGGUUGAAGUUUGCAUUUUAAAUCCUACUAACUAACCGCCUCUUAAGCAUCUCUAGCACUGUCUGAUGCGUACCAUCUCCCUUUAUAUCAUAGGUCAACCACAGGUGCUCUAAAAAGUUGAAUCCUAACACUUUCUGUAUCAUAAACUUCUUUUUCAGGUUUUUUAUAUACAAAAUUUGUGUCAUCAGGAAGUUGCAUUCUUAUCUUUUCAGUUUUGAGGCUGGGUUUGAAUCAGUAUGUCUUCUUGUUUUUUUUUACAUUUUCUCUGCUGCAGUGCCACUUUGUGGAGAUUUGAAGUAUUACUUUUGGAUCACCUGCCUGCCAUAACGGGCCAUUUGUUGUUUGUAUGGAGAGAGCCUGAUGGACGAAUAACCUUAAGCGCUAUAUUUAUUAAUGUCACUUUUUUGAAGACGUUUGUUUUCCAGUUUGCAUGGCUUUAAUUUUCUUACAUUUUAUAUAUGCACAUCCUUCAUCAGGGGAGACUUUACUUGGUAACUUGCAAUGAACAAAAAAGUUUUUUGUUUUUUUUCCUUUUGAAGAGUCUGUUACAGUUUAAAAAAACUGGCUGUAUUUCUUUUGUACAAGAAAGUUUUUUUUACACCAUGUGAACUCAUUUGGGUUUGGAUUUGCUGAGGCUCAGAGGUGAAUCUUUGACUUUUCUCCUUCAGUAAGCAGACCGAAACUCCUUUACUUUUAACACUACAUUUGAUGUCUGUCUUGUAUUCAUGUUCAGAAUGCACAAAUACAUCUUUUACAAUUAAACAAACGUGUUUAGUGUGA